CAGAUAAUGAUGACAAUCAGUCCUGACUACACUGAAGGUGUAGUCAAAGUGACGGUAGCAUCAGUACGUAGUGACAACGAUGCGUACGCUGGUGAUCUUCGCCUGCGCCGUGCUGGCCGUGAUGGCUAUGCCGGCAGACCUGCCCGAGCCCGGAGAACUCGCGCUGAUGCUCAACGAGGAGGACUUCGAGGACUACCUCGACGAGUGGCUGGCCAAGGAAGAGCCCAACUGGGUCAACCUCACCCUUGCUGAUGAACAGAGAAACGGCCGCAGCGGAUGCACGUUCCGCGUAAACGGUGAUCUUGGGCAGCCUCAGCCGGUGUACAUCCGCCGUAACCAGCUGUUGAUGCCAUCUGGCAACACUGGUCAGAUCUUCGUCAACACUGGUGAGCAGAUCCGCAUCGCCUGCACCGGCUCCGGCCGUACCAUCCAGCAUCCCAACAUCAACGCCAACGUAGCUGUUGCUACAGCUACGUGUGUUAGCGGGAACACUGUCUCCGGCAGUGGCUGGUUGCGAGCCAACGGUGCCUUCGGAGGGCUCACAUGUUCCGCACACGCUUUCCAUGAGGCUCAGAACACCAACGACAGGUGUUUCAACAACCAUGCUGUUAUCCGAGUUGGAUUCAUCGUUGACAACGUUUUCCACACCUGGUACAGGUCUUGCUUCGACCCCGUUCGUUUAGAAGUUUUGUACGUGUGGUACGACCAAACUGCAGCCUAUGCCGUCCAUCAAACUGGCGUCGAUCGUCCUAGCUGGCUAGCUGGCAGCUUCUUCCCUGGCAUUGGAAUCAACAACCUAUACACCCAAGUCCAACAGAAGGCACGAAUAGCCACGAUCGUUGGUCAAGCUUUGGCUGAUCGAUAUGUGACGGCCACUCAAUUCUUGGCACGUGGUCACCUAGCCGCCAAGAGUGACUUCCCAUUCGCCACCGCCCAGCGUGCCACUUUCUACUUCAUCAAUGCCGCUCCCCAGUGGCAGCCAUUCAAUGCUGGAAACUGGAACUCCCUUGAACAGAAUCUCCGUGCCCGCAUCGGUCAAGCCAACUACAAUACUGUAAUCUACACCGGCACUUUCGGUGUGUCUCAGCUCCGCGAUGCUAGCAAUCGUCUCCAAGACAUAUUCUUACACCAAACCGGCAACACUCGUCAGCUUCCUGUACCUCUGUAUUAUUACAAGGUGGCAUACGACGCGGGCCGCCGUCUUGGCACUGCUUUCAUCAGCAUCAACAACCCCUACUACACGACGGCCGAGGUCCGCAGCCUGCAGUUCUGCACGGACCGCUGCCGCAACAACAACGCCUUCAGCUGGCUCCGCUGGCAGCCCGACCGCAUCGACAUCGGCUACAGUUUCUGCUGCACCAUCGCCGACUUCAGAAGAGUCAUUACCCACAUUCCUAACUGGACCGUAGUUGGUUUGCUUACAAACGGAGUCGCAACGAUGCGUUCGCUGGUGAUCCUCGCCUGCUUUGUGCUGGCCGCGGCGGCCAUGCCGGCGGACCUGCCCGCGCCGGGGGAGCUGGCGCUAAUGUUCAAUGAGGAGGACUUCGAGGACUACCUCGACGAGUGGCUGGCCAAGGAAGAGCCCAAAUGGAUCAACGUCACCCUUGCUGAAAACCUGAGAAACGCCCGAAGUGGAUGCACGUUCCGAGUGAAUGGCGAUCUUGGGCAGCCACAACCGGUGUACAUCUACCGCAACGAGUUCCUGAUGCCGACCGGCAACACUGGCGAGAUACAUGUCAACACUGGAGAUGAAAUCCGCAUCGCCUGCACCGGCUCCGGCCGAACCAUCGUGCAUCCUCAACUCAGUACUACCGUAUCGACCGCUACGGCUACAUGUGUCAGCGACAACAUAAUCUCUGGAAGUGGCUGGUUGGGAGCCAAUGGUGCCUUCGGCGACCUCACAUGUUCCUCAAACGCAUACCAUGAGGCUCAGUACACUGGUGAAACAUGUUUCAACAACAAUCUAGUCAUUCGAGUUGGUUUUAUCGUCGACGACGUGUUCCACACCUGGUACAGGUCUUGCUUCGACCCCGUUCGCUUAGAAGUUCUAUACGUGUGGUACGAACAGACUGCUGCCUAUGCCGUCCACCAGACUGGCGUGGCCCGUCCUAGCUGGCUAGUUGGUGGCUUUUUCCCCGGCGUUGGAAUUAACAACCUCUACACUCAAGUUCAACAAAAGGCGCAAAUCGCCAGCAUUGUAGGAGAUACUUUAGCUGAUCAAUACGUGACUGCCACCCAAUUCUUGGCACGCGGUCACCUCGCAGCCAAGAGUGAUUUCCCACUGGCCACUGGUCAGCGAGCCUCUUUCUACUUCAUCAAUGCCGCUCCCCAAUGGCAGCCAUUCAACGCUGGAAACUGGAACUUCCUUGAACAGGAUCUUCGUGCUCGCAUCGGACAAGCGAACUACAAUGCAAUGAUCUACACCGGCACUUUCGGUGUGUCUCAGCUCCGCGAUGCCAACAAUGUUCUCCAAGAUAUAUACCUGCGUGACGUCGGAGUCAGUCCUCAACUGCCUGUACCUCUCUACUUUUACAAGGUUGCAUACGACGCGGGUCGCCGCCUCGGGACGGUGUUCAUCAGCAUCAACAACCCCUACUACACGGCGGCCGAGGUCCGCAGCCUGCAGUUCUGCACGGACCGCUGCCGCAACAACAACGCCUUCAGCUGGCUCCGCUGGCAGCCCGACCGCAUCGACAUUGGCUACAGCUUCUGCUGCACCGUCGCCGACUUCAGAAGAGUCAUUCCUCACAUCCCAGACUUCGAUGUCAUCGGUUUACUGUCAUAUCAGUACAUAGUGACGAUGCGUUCGCUGGUGAUCCUCGCCUGCUUUGUCCUGGCCGCGGUGGCCAUGCCAGCGGAGUUGCCACCCGGGGAGCUGGCGCUGAUGCUCAACGAGGAGGACUUCGAGGACUACCUCGACAAGUGGCUGGCCAAGGAGGAGCCCAACUGGAUCAACGUCACCCUUGCUGAUGAACAGAGGAACGCCCGAAGUGGGUGCACGUUCCGAGUUAAUGGCGAUCUUGGGCAGCCCCAACCGGUGUACAUCUACCGCGAUCAGUUAUUGUUGCCUACUGGCAACUCUGGUCAGAUGCUUGUCAACACCGGUGAGUAGAUCCGCAUCGCCUGCACCGGCUCCGGCCGCACUAUCCAGCAUCCAAACAUCAACGCUAACGUGGCGGUCGCUACGGCUACGUGUGUAAGUGAUAACAUCGUCUCUGGUAGCGGUUGGUUGUCAGCCAACGGUGCUUUCGGCGGGCUAACAUGUUCUGCACACGCCUUCCACGAGGCUGAGUACACUGGUGAAACAUGUUUCAACAAUAAUCUUGUCAUCCGGGUUGGAUUCAUCGUCGACAACGUUUUCCACACCUGGUACAGAUCUUGCUUCGACCCCGUACGUUUAGAAGUUCUUUACGUAUGGUACGACCAGACUGCAGCCUAUGCCGUCCACCAGACUGGCGUCGACCGUCCUAGUUGGCUUGCUGGCAGCUUUUUCCCUGGCGUUGGAAUCAACAACCUCUACACUCAAGUUCAACAAAAGGCGCAAAUCGCCAGCAUUGUAGGAGAGACUUUAGCUGAUCAAUACGUGACUGCCACCCAAUUCUUGGCACGUGGUCACCUCGCAGCCAAGAGCGAUUUCCCAUUGGCCACCGGACAGCGGGCCACUUUCUACUUCAUCAAUGCCGCUCCCCAGUGGCAGCCAUUCAACGCUGGAAACUGGAACUUCCUUGAACAGGAUCUUCGUGCUCGCAUCGGUCAAGCCAACUACAAUGCCAUCAUCUACACCGGCACUUUCGGUGUGUCUCAGCUCCGCGAUGCUAACAAUGUACUCCAAGAUAUAUACUUGCGUGAUAAUGGAGGCAGUCGUCAACUGCCUGUGCCUCUCUACUAUUACAAGGUUGCAUACGACGCAGGCCGCCGCCUUGGCACUGCUUUCAUCAGCAUCAAUAACCCCUACUACACGGCGGCCGAGGUCCGCAGCCUGCAGUUCUGCACGGACCGCUGCCGCAACAACAACGCCUUCAGCUGGCUCAGCUGGCAGCCCGACCGUAUUGACAUCGGCUAUAGCUUCUGCUGCACAAUCGCCGACUUCAGAAGAGUCAUUACUCACAUACCAGACUUUGACGUCAUCGGCUUACUGUCAUAAGAGAACUAAAACAACUUUUAGACCUGUGAAGUGGAGUGGAGUGUAGUGUUUCUUAACAGAAGUGAGUUCAAUCGAAUUACGUCACAGAUAAUAUCAACAUUCUAACUCUAAGUAGGUACCUAUUGGUUUUUAAGAUUGCUUGUUGAUAGCAUCUUAAAUACAAA